GAAGCCACCGCCGCGCAGCCAUCCCGGCCUAGGGCUAUGGCCAGCACCGCGUCGCCACAGCGCCCAAGGGUUUGAGUUUCGUUCUAUAGCAAGCAUCACAUCAGUUAUCGAGCUACAGUUUGUUUUAUCUUCUACACCUUUCUAUUCCUUCUCCACAUGCUAGUUACUAGCCAUGUUGUCUUAGUAAGUAGAUUUCGUUUACACUUGUAGAUGUGAGCUAUAUAUUAACUUUUUCUACUCCAUUUUAGUCACUGGUCUUAUUGCAUCUGUAGAUAACUUCCUUGGCAAAUCAAAUAGAAAAUUCAGAACUGCAGUUCAGGAGAUACUUUCUAUAUCCUUACAAAGAAAUAUGGUCAUUCGUGCCUAGUGUUUUCCCUUGUAGUAGGUUUCUUUAAAAUAUGUUAGGAGCUUCUUAACGCCUGGUUUUGAUGUGAGUAUAUUUUCUUAAAACCAAUGAUGUAUACUCACGGAAGGUCCCUGCAUAUCUAAAUAUUGCCAGUAAGGUGCAAUUUUAGUGUGUUCUUGAUGUUUAAUGCAGAAGGGUCAAUGGCAUCAAUCUCCUCGUGUUUAUUAAUGCAUUUAUGACUGGUUGGAGCAUAUUCCUUAGUAAUGAGUCUUGACACGUGUUCAUGUCCUGAACUGUUAUGUUCAGCAUACUUUUUAUCUUGUAAUCAAAUGAAGGCAUAUUUUGAACUUCUUUUCUAUUCAUGGUAAAGAAUCUGAUUUCGAAUGGCCUUGCUGGACAGAAAGGGGCCCAACUUUUGUAGGAGCUAUUUUCCUUGUCAGUUGUCACACAGCUCAUCAGUCUGAUAUCCUUCCAUGCCAUGUUUACUGUUGCCUGUAGUGACCAUACUGAGCUGGUAAUCAAUUAGGAAAUGUCUGCCUUAAAAGUAGUGGCCUAGCCGCCCUACUAACUUUGUUGUAUAGUAGUAUACACUAUGCACAUCGAAUGGUCUCUUUUUAUACCAAGCCCCUUCACUUGCACUUAGCACCAAACACACCAUUACACCAAAGGGAUUCAUAUCCAAGAGCCAUGUUCAACCCCUCUUCCUCGCCCGCGCACACCUACAGUGACCUCUCCAUGCACCACGCAGUGGACUUCUCUAGUGAUUUGCACACAGCUCCAACUGAAAUUCCUCGCAGCAACGGUUUCUUCCACGGCAAUGGUGGUUUGUUUUCUCCUGUAGGUGUUGCUGCUUCAGCACCACCUCCCUACAAUUCUUCCCUCUCUUCCUACUAUAUGAACAAAAGCGCCAGCUCACACUCCUUCCCUCUUUACCCACAAUUUCCUGACCCCAUCAACAGUAAUGCCGCCUUCUCUUGCCCGUCCCAUUCAGCAUUCCAGUUGCCCCUUCCUCCUGUUUCUUCCUCCCCGUCCUCGUCCUCGGGUGACUUCCUGGAAUUCAGCAGCUCUGGUACCGUUCGGCGUGUCCUCAGCACCGGUGACCUGCAAGGGAAGAGUUUUCCGCUACCAUCGCCGAUGCCACCACGAUUUCCAGGCGACAACUGCAGCCAGGAAGCGGGUGAGCCUUUUUCAGAGAAGGUGGGGCGUUACAGCGCCGAAGAAAGGAAGGAGAGGAUUGAGAGGUACCGCAGCAAGCGCCAGCAGAGGAACUUCCAGAAGAAGAUUACUUACGCGUGCAGGAAGACGCUGGCAGAUAGCAGGCCGAGGGUGCAGGGCCGCUUUGCAAGGAACGUCGAGACGGAGGGCGACGUGGCUACAGACAUGGAGACGGAGGCGUCUGACAUCAGCUACGAGUACAGCUCGUGCAAUGACCUGAGCGGUAGCAACUGCUAUGACAGCCAGAGCCAGUGUGGGGAAACUGGCGGCGAUAGCAUGGUGUUUGACGACAACAAGUGGUGGUGGUGGGCAACGCCGGUGGCACCCAAUAGGCAGCAGCCUCUGCAGCAGAACGUCGGUUUCGACAUCGUUGACGACGAAGACCAGCUGUGGGCCAGCCUCGCGGACAUGUGCUCCGGCACCUGACCCAGUUGCCUCUGGCUGGUGCUGUCUGGUGCAAGGAGCACCAAGCGGCGGCUGCCGUGCAGAGGUCAGAGCGGCGUCGCUGACCUUCUUAUGCCCGUAGUGCAGCUUGAUUACCCUUUAUUAGAAGGAAAAAAACGAGAAAGAAGAGGACCUCUCACUUUCUCAGCUUGUUCUAUGUGUGUUCCGAGUUAGACAGUUAGUAGUGUUACUACUUUGCGAUCUUGUUCCACAAUGCUCGGGCCCUGCUGUUGGUUUCCACGUA